AUGAGUCCCGCAAAUAUCCCGCUAUGGGCCCGAGACACCGUUAGUGACCUCGAAUCGGUACCCUCGACAUUCUCCAGCUGGGAUAAAUGUAUGUCCAAGACUUACUGCAAGUGGCCCGUUAUCGCCGGUAUCAUCGUGGGAUCCGUGAUCCUACUCGCCGUAUUAGCUUGCGUGAUUAAUUGCAUAUGCUGUGGCUAUCAAUGCUGCAAGUGCUGCUGUAGCUGCUGCUGUCCGUCCGGCAGGCGCAGAAACAAGCAGCCCAAGCAACCAAAGCAGUUCGACGACCCUCCAUUCCACCAGCCUCCCCCACCAGACGCGAACCCAAUCUAUAAAGCUCCUCCUGCUCCGCCUUCGUACCGUGGCGCGCAACAGACUGCGCGCUUUGAUGCGCCCAAGUCUCCCUCUGCUACGGUCGCGACGGCUAAUGAUGAUGCUUUACCUGAGAUGCCUACUUGGGCUGGUGCUGUCAACAAGCAUGUCGAAGAUCCGAAUCACCAUGAUGACGUUGAGAUGGAACCUCUGAAUCCCCGAGACAGGAAGGGUGCUGGAACUCCUGGUGUUGCGUACUCCGAUUACUCUCCUAGCCCAUCCAUGGCCGGUGGAGGUUACAGAGGCUUUGGUCCUACUGAUCCCUAUGCGCGACGCUCACCCGCUCCCGCAGCUGCAUUGGCUGCUACGCAGGAUCCAUACGGACGUCGCUCCCCUGGUGUGGCAUCCCCAGGUGGACCGAUGGAUCCCUACGCUAGAAGAUCCCCCGGCCCAGCAGCAGCACUCUCCGCAACACAAGACCCCUACAACCGCCGCUCCCCAGGUCUGACUUCCCCCGCAGGAGCCCCAGUCCACAACCCCUAUGACCAAGCGUACGAUGACCACUCCACCUAUGGCGGCAACCAAUACCACGCCGUCACAUCCCCUUCCCCAGUGGCCGCCUACAAACCCCAUACAAACUACAGCCCCGUGCCAAUGUCCUUCACCCCAUCCGUGGAAAUGGACCACGGCGCAGGUGCCGCUCCCACUCCUGGCUUUACGCGCCAACCCUCGUUCGGCUCGAGCCAGUAUCCUCCUACUUAUACCUCCCAGCCUCCGUCGGCGUACAGAGCUUUCUCUCCAUCGCCUGCUUCCCCGCCCCCUCCUUUCCCUGCUCCUUCGCCUUCGGAGUAUGCCCCUUAUAACCCCCAUGCCGUGUCUUCGCUACCAGCUCCCGAGCCGGAUACAAUGAGACCUCCUAGUUUGUUGCAGAGUGGGCCUAAGCCCAAUGCUGCUCAUAACUUCUGA